AUGAGAAUGAAAGGUGGAGAUGAGGCUGUAUGUCAAGCACUUAGCCGUGCCCAGGAGCUUUACAGAAACAAAUUGCAAGCUAGUGCUGCUGCUGCUGAUGAGCUAGCUUCUUUGUUUGCUGAGUGUGCAAUUGCUGAGGCCCUGCCUUCUAAAUGUGAAUCGUAUCAGUACAGCAUGGCUGUCCCAUCUAUUGAACCUGAUGAUCAUGGAACUUCUAUACUUGCAGAGACCGGCAGGAAGCAAAUUGUGCUGGAUGCAUUCUCUGAUGGAAGCAGCUUUAUCUGUUUACAGUGUGGGGGUCUGGUUAGCAAUCAUCGAAAAGAGGAACACUAUACAUUCUGGUGUUGCAAAAUCUGA